AUGUGUCUGACGUGGGAAGGCUCACUCAAUUUUAUCUUUAGCCUGGUUCUUUUUAUCCUGUUCCACGCUCACGAGAACCACCACUCUUACAAUCAGUCAUUCCCUCCCUCUCUGUCUCGCUAUAUAUACGUCCUCAAAUCCAUAUACAUCUCUCUCUCGCUAUCUUUCUCUCUACAUAUACAUCCUCAGAUCCAUAUCUAUCUGUGUAACCUCGAUUCACGCACCUCCAAGUCGUCUUUACUGGCUUUUCAUUUCUCAGAUUUCUUGCAGGUGAUUAUCUGCUACAGUAAAAUGGAAGUCACCGGGGGCUAA